ACACCACGCCGUUGCGUGCGCCCGCGGUGAGCGGCUGCGUGGAGAGCUGGGGACCAGGGCUGUGUGCGGUCGGACCUUGCCAGCUCUCUUGGGGUCAGAAGAAGUCGAAAGCGGUCUUAGCGAAAGGCAAAGCCCCAGACUGGAAGACCGAACAGAACUGAGCAGUUUGGGAUGUGCUGGGGGAGGAUUUGAUUCACCUCUCCCUCUUCUGAGCUCCCACCCCCUCUCCCUCCCUCACACCCACGCCCACCUGUGGCGGCUCCUGGCCCUCUUCGGUCGUCCUCACCCUCAGGUUUCGUGGCGCGGGGUGGCGAUCCCCUGAUUUCUGUUUGCGCGCACUGUUUGCAGCCACCAGAUCCUAAAGCCAGAUCUUUCGACUCAGCUGCUGCUAGACUGGGCCUCAGAGUUUUGAGCGUGGGCGGCUGAUACUAGCGCGGCACCACGCGCGCCAUGGCCGAUCGGCAAGCAGGUCCUGGAGCCGGGGACUGGGAGAUCGACGUGGAGAGCCUGGAGCUGGAGGAGGACAAUUGUGGGGCGCCGCCGUCACCGUCGCCGCCAGCGCCCAGCCUGCCAGCGGCCACCGGGGAUGGCGAGGAAGAAGAAGAGGAGGACGACGUGGAGGAUCCGGACCCGGAGGAGGAGGGUGAUAUGGAGGAGGCGAGCGCGUCGCCAUCGCCGCGGGUGCCGGGAGGGCCGGAGCAACCGGGGGAACUGCCACCGAGGUCCCCACCUGCGCCUCUUUUGCUGCCAUCUGCGGCGGGUCCCGGGGAGCGCGAGGCUCAUGCCGGCUGCAGCUCGGAGCCGCGCAAGCUGAGCCGCACGCCCAAGUGCGCGCGCUGCCGCAACCACGGCGUGGUGUCCUGUCUCAAGGGCCACAAGCGCUUCUGCCGCUGGCGGGACUGCCAGUGUGCCAACUGCCUGCUGGUGGUGGAGCGCCAGCGCGUCAUGGCUGCCCAGGUGGCGCUCCGGAGGCAGCAGGCCACCGAGGACAAGAAGGGACUUUCUGGGAAACAGAAUAAUUUCGAGCGCAAAGCUGUGUACCAGAGGCAAGUCAGGACACCUAGCUUGCUGGCCAAAAGCAUUUUAGAAGGUUAUCGCCCCAUAACAGCAGAGGCCUACCUAGGAGGGAGCCUACCUCUACCUCCUCCAGUUAGUGACAGGAUGAGGAAAAGAAGGGCCUUUGCUGACAAGGAAUUGGAGAACAUUAUGCUGGAAAGAGAAUACAAAGAGAGAGAGAUGUUGGAAACUUCCCAAACUGCUGCUUUGUUCCUGCCCAACCGCAUGGUGCCAGGACCUGAAUACAACUGCUACAAAAGUGCUUAUAGCCCUUCCCCAGGGGAGCCACCGAGCAAGGAAUUCUGCAAUUUGAUGCCCACCUGCCUUGAUCUCACCAUGCAGUAUUCAGGAUCUGGGAAUAUGGAACUGAUUUCUUCUAAUGUCAGUGUGGCCACAACUUAUAGACAAUAUCCUUUGUCUUCAAGAUUUUUUGUUUGGCCUAAGUGUGGUCCCAUCAGUGACACACUCCUUUAUCAGCAAUGCUUGCUAAAUGCCACCACAUCAGUCCAAGCCCUGAAGCCAGGGGCCAGCUGGGAGUUGAAAGGACCUCGAGUCCAGGAUGGGCUCCAUGCAGAACAUGACAUGCUGCCUCCCAAACUGGAAGGCUCCAUGGUGCUGCCUCAUACUCCGGAGAUCCAGACGUCCAGAGGUGAGCUUCAGGGUCACCAGGCUGUCCCUGAGAGGUCUGCUUUCUCCCCACCCGGGCGGAAUUUCUCUCCUGUUGUUGACAUGGACUCUCUGGCAGCUCAAGGGCACGUCUUAAACAAGAUCAGCAAAGAAAACACCAGGCACCCUAUGCCACUUAAACCUAAUCCAUUCCAUUCACUACUCCAGCAAACCCGAAGUGACAAAUCAGGUCCCGAGUUGAAAACACCAUUUGUCAAAGACACCUUUGAAGAGACCCCAAAGAAACGCAGGGAGUGUCUGGUCCAGGAAAAUCAGAAGUACACAUUUACAAUAGAUAGGUGUGUAAAAGACCUUUUCGUAGCCAAACAAGUUGGAACAAAACUCUCGGUGAAUGAACCGCUCUCGUUUUCUGUUGAGUCUAUUCUCAAGAGGCCCUCAUCUGCCAUCACUCAUGUCUCUCAGUGACAGGCUGCUCCGAUGGACAGCUGGAUUUUUCUGCAGUCUCUGAGCAUUCUUGCCAUGUGCUUUUUUUUUUU